AUGGAUUCAACGCACCAAAUGGAUACAGAGAAAGAGGAACAGAGACAGAAGACACCACUCUCCCCAGAACCACCUUUUGCAGUGGCCUCACUCUCCCUCUCUCUGCCCAACGUUUUCCCCUUUGUCCAACCCAAGAUUCCAACAACCCCUCAACCUAACAAGGUCAAGGUUCCAACCCAAGCUUCAUCCCUUACCCACCUUUCUCUCUCAACCGCUUCCCUCACUCCUUCCAAGACCUCCUUCAAAUCCUCCCUCUCCGCCACCCCUUUCCACGCCCCUCUCUCCCUUGGCCCCCACCGCCCCCGCGACCCCUCCAAUGCCACCGCGCUCCGCCGCGCCGCCGUUGUCUGGUUCCGCAACGAUCUCCGGGUCCUCGACAACGAGUGCCUCGCCUCCGCCAACAACGAAUCCCUCUCUGUCCUCCCCGUUUACUGCUUCGACCCCGCCGACUAUGGCAAGUCCGCCUCCGGUUUCGACAAGACCGGCCCCUACCGCGCGGCUUUCCUCAUUGAGUCUGUCGCUGACCUGCGGCGGAACCUCCAGGCGCGCGGCUCCGAUCUGGUGGUGCGAGUCGGGAAGCCCGAGACCGUGCUGGUGGAGCUGGCGAAGGCCGUCGGGGCCGACGCGGUGUACGCGCACCGGGAGGUUUCGCACGACGAGGUUAAGACGGAGGAGAGAGUGGAGGCGGCCCUGAAGGAGGAGAAUGUGGAGGUGAAGUACUUCUGGGGAAGCACUUUGUAUCAUGUGGAGGAUUUGCCUUUUAAGCUUGAGGAUAUGCCUUCCAAUUACGGAGGGUUUAGGGAUAGGGUUCAAAAAUUGGAGAUUAGGAAGACAAUUGAGGCUUUGGAUCAGCUUAAGGGAAUACCUUCUCGCGGAGAUGUUGAGAUUGGUGAUAUUCCUUCCUUGAUGGACCUUGGCCUUAAUCCAUCUUCCACAAUACCACAGGAUGGGAAGUCUGGUGCUAAUGCUUCCAUGGUAGGAGGGGAGACUGAGGCACUGCAGAGGCUGAAAAAAUUUGCGGCUGAGUGUGAAGCUCAGCCACACAAGGGGUAUAAGGAUGGAACUCACAGUAUAUAUGGUGCCAACUUCUCCUGCAAAAUUUCUCCAUGGUUGGCAAUGGGAUGUCUCUCCCCUCGCAUAAUGUAUGAAGAACUAAAGAAGACUGCCAGCAGAGCCAUUUCUGCAUCCUCGAACCGGAAUGAUGGUGGUAAUGGCUCGUCCAAAACUGGAACAAAUUGGUUGAUGUUUGAGCUGCUAUGGAGGGACUUCUUUAGGUUUAUAACAAAGAAAUACAGUUCUGCAAAGAAACAACUGGAAGCUUCUCCAGCCACUGCAUGUGCAGGUGCUUUUGCUUAA